AUGCAUCAUUUCAUCUCGCCCUUCCCCUCUCUCUCGCGCCGUCAUCGCCAGACGAGCGAUACGUCCAGCCCGCCGAGUUCACGAACAACCUCGCCGCCGGCAUCGCCCACCUCCCUCCACCGGCAUUUCUCCCAAGCCUCGCCCAACCACCCUUUCCACCUCCCCUUCCACCCGCACAACAGCAACUCGAAGAGCGACGCCGACUCCAACCACCAUGACCAUGAUCAUGACCAUGUCUGCACGGGCAGGGCCAACUCCCCAUCACAUCCCCACUGCGGGGUGAGCAUCCUGCCCUGUGCUGUCCUGCGCGGCCGAUCCUCACUGAUGGUCCUCCGCCGCCGCCCCUCCGCCGUCGACAUGGCCUUGAGCGAGGAACGGUCCCGCUGUAACGGAGACGCGAUCGAGCGAAAGGGACUUGACCUGAUGGAGCCGCGACCGGUCGAUAUGGAGCUGCAUGCGCAGCGCAGUUUGCAACCGAGCUCUGCACCGCGGGCCAGCCUGGGAGAGAGCCGCGAGGCGUCGGUGCAGCAGCCACGAUUUGUCAUGGGGGGCAUCUUCGAGGUGAUGGAGGGGCGGGCCUAG